CCGUGGGCAAUCAGGCGAGAUCGUUUUUCGGCUCCCAUUGUCAAUGUUCCUGGGCCAAGACGAAGGAAGCGUUCUUUUCCCUCUUACCUAUCCUCUACUGGCUCCCACGGUACAAUGUCCGACAGGAUCUCCUACCGGACUUCGUGGCCGGAUGCACCGUCGCCAUCAUGCACAUCCCACAAGGUAUGGCAUACGCUAUGUUGGCGAAUAUCCCGCCUGUCUAUGGCAUCUACAUGGCCUUCUUCCCCGUUCUCACCUACGUCAUCAUGGGCACCUCGCGACAUGCAUCGAUGGGAAGUUUCGCUGUGGUGUGCCUGAUGACCGGAAAGGUGGUGGGUUUGUAUCAACAUAAGUUGGACGAGUUGGAUCCGGAAUAUUUGAAGCUAAAUGCCACGUCGUCGGCCAUGGACGACGUGAACGUUCACCAUGCCGUCCAGAUUGCAGCCGCCGUUGGCCUCACCGUCGGCUUCUUUCAGAUCCUGAUGGGGAUCGUGCAGAUGGGGAACUUGACGGUGUUUCUAUCGGAUACCCUGACGUACAUAGAUUUCUUCCCCAUGAUCAUGAGAUCGAACGCGGCAGCUUUGAUCGUGGCUGGGAUUACCAUGUUUGCCUUGGCCCUCAACAACGAUUUAUUAAAGCCGUGCCUGGCCAAGAAGUGCCCAUUUCCAGUACCGAUUGAAUUGAUCUGCGUGGUGAUCGGGACCGCGGCAUCUUAUGGAGUAGAUCUGCACCACAACUAUAAUAUCACUACUGUCGGCUACCUCCCAACCGGGCUGCCAAGUCCAGAGGUGCCACCCCUGUGGUUGAUGGGUGAGGUGGACUUCAUGAUCCAGUGCCUCGUGAUCGCCAUCGUCGGUUAUGCCACAUCCAUCUCUAUGGCGAAGCUCCUGGCCCGCAAAGCCGGCUACCGCGUCGACCCAAAUCAGGAUCUUCUCGCACAGGGAGUGGGGAACGCAUUUGGAGCGAUGUUCGGAUGUCCACCGUUUGCGGCAUCGUUAUCGAGGAGUCUAAUUCAACAUAACGUCGGUGGGAAGACACAAGUGGCGAAUGUCGUUUCCUGUGCUCUCCUUCUCAUCAUCUUGCUCUUCCUCGCCCCUCUCUUCACCACUUUACCAAAGGCGGUAUUGGCAGGGAUCAUCCUGGUUUCGCUGAAGGGAAUGUUCUACCAGGUGGCAGACCUAAAGAAAGCGUGGCGGGUAAGCAAGUUGGACGCGUUUGUCUGGGUCAUGACAUUCUUAUCCGUGAUCUUGAUCGACAUCGAUUAUGGUCUUGCCAUCGGCGUCGCCUCGUCUCUCUUAACCUUGAUCUGGAGGAACCAACGAGCCUAUGCCUGCAUCCUGGGACAAAUUUCUGAUACUGGCAUCUACGUCGAUGUUCGCCGAUUUGACCUCGCAAAGGAGGAGGAGGGGAUAAAGAUCCUCCAUUACGGGGCAGGAAUCCACUUCGGAAACCGGGAGGCAUUCAAGCAACAGCUCUUCAAGUUGACACAACUAGAACCCCAGAAAUGGGAGAAACGUAUAGUGAAACACCACAAGGACGUAGCAAAACGGAGAAAGAAUCGUCGUAAACUUCAGAUCAAGGCAAGUGUAUUUCUUCUCUCCCUCUCUCUUACAACUUUGAACUUGACCCUUUCACUAGGCAAGACGAACAUGGGAGGAGAGCUGGUAUUAGAGACGAAUGGCGGCUCGGAGCCCUCUAUUACAAUGGCUAUAGACGAGGAGGAACCUCGUCUUCCUUUUUGGCAUCUUAUCUUUGACUUAACAGGAGUGAGUUUCGUCGAUGCCUCAGGCAUCUCCACUCUCACCCGUCUCGUCAUCGAAUAUCACAACAUCGGCGUCCGAACAUACUUCGCUGGAGCCAUGGAAGACAACGUGUUUUCAUUAGACGUGUCCAGAGAGAAUUAA